CCGAACAGGACCUAGACUAGGCUAGCCUUUCCUCCCUCCCUCUCCUCUGUACGCUUGCUUCCAUCCUCCGCCGUUUGCUCUCUGGCUCCAAAGAGAGACGUGAUCCCCAUUUUUAACAAAAAUACCACCGACUACGACUACCGCAAGCAUGGCAUCCGCAAGCAGCUCUGCACAGGCCGCCUUCGGGCUGGGCCGCAGGAAGAAGAACCCUGGUGUUCUGGAUCAGAUUGGAAAGUUCUUUGGUGGGGACAAGAAGAAGAAGAGCAAGGGAUCUUUCCGUGGCGCUCUCUCUCCCGCCCCCCAGAAAGCUUCUGCAACAUCCCCUCGUAAGCGAGGGCCAGAGAACGCCGUGGUCCACUUCUUCCGUACGAUCGUGUCCCCUGCCCCCCCAAAGUCAAGGUGGAGAGGACUAGCAGCCAAGAUAGGUCUGGGUGACCAGAAGUCACAGUCUGGUAAAGCCAAGAAGUCCAGUGGAGGCGAUGGCAAAGGCACCCUGACUAGGAUCUUCAAAAUGUGAUGAUAACAGCAGAAGAGGAAGCCGCAGCUCCUCUCCAGCCAGACGCUGACGUUCCAACACCCCUUUUAAAGACCACAAGGACAGAAACGAGGGAGUCAAGUGGGAGUCAAGAGAGGAAGAAAACAAGCAAACCUUGCCGCCCUUAAAACUCACUUUUGACCUCACUUCUGAUAACACAUUUUCUGCUAAAUCCCUUGAGUCGUCUGGCCUGUUGUCUGUUGCCCCUCACCGGCUGGCAGAUAGCGACACAAUCUGUUGUGCUGAAAGUGCCUCUGAAGCCGCUCUAGUGUGCAGCCUGCAUGACCCCCUGCCAUCUAUGUGCUUAGGUUUUUGUCCUUGUAUAAAUUCUCUAAAAAAACAAAGGUGGCUGAGCAGAAUUAGACCUGGAUUGUGAAAGUAAAGCCCAGUGCAAAUUCUAAAUAACUUGCCUGCCGUUGCCGUUUCUCGUGUGUGAACUGACCAGGCUGGUUCUGUUCGUAUGGAGCGUUUUUUUGUCUUGUCACAAUGUCCGUGUCAUGUCCCCAAACUCCGUCUUGGCAAACAUCCGUUUUCGGCUUUGAUUUUGUCACACUAUUAACCAAAUUUACAAUACGUUGAGCCUAAAGUGUUUUCAGUUAUCUCCCGUGUGUCUUUAAAUGUGAUCUAUGUUUGUCGUCACGGCCUAAAGCUGACUGUGGUUAUGGAUUAAAAAGUUCAACCUUUUAAAAUGAGUUUGCUGCAAUGAACACUAAAACAAACGCAGAGAUGAGUCAUUUCUAAUACAUGAUUUUCUUUUCAGCCCAUAUGAGCUAAUCGCACAUUGUAAUUUUCUUCUCUAUGCGUUGUUAUCUUUCACAUUUCUAUAUUCAGCUUCUCCUCUCGCCUGCCCAAAACGAGUGCUGUUUCCAUUUUUCUGGAUAACUGAAACACAAUUUCAACAAGGUGCUCUUUGACUAAUAUUGGAACAGUGUAUGCUGCUUCUGUCCAGGAAUAAAGGUCAAAGAAAAGCAGACCAUCCUUCUUCCACGUGUAUUAAAACGUAGCAUCCAUUAGUUAUGAGUUUGUAUGUGCAAGUCUGAGUUGACUUCCAAAGCAUCCUUUGAAUGAAUGUAAAGACCCUCUUCAUUAUUGUAUGUUUAAUAAAAAUGAGCAGCCACUUACCUGAAAAUAAAAAUAAAUUAAAAAGCCCUACUCUGCAUAA